AUGGUCCGCCAAUUCCUCACCGACGUCCUCUGGCCACCAACCGACUACCUUCUAAUUGAUACCCCGCCCGGCACAUCGGACGAACACAUCUCCCUCGCCGAAACCCUGCAAUCGAAAUGCCUCCCCGGCCAACUCGCGGGCGCGGUCAUCGUGACAACACCGCAAGCAGUGGCGAUCAGUGAUGUGAGGAAGGAAGUCAAUUUUUGUCGGAAGGUGGGGGUGGAGGUUCUGGGGGUUGUGGAGAAUAUGAGCGGGUAUGUGUGCGAGUGUUGUGGGGAGAGGGCGAAUCUGUUCGGGAAAGGGGGUGGGGAGGUUAUGGCGGGGAGCUUUGAGGUGCCGUUUUUGGGGGGCGUGCCGGUGGACAGGCAGUGGGGCGUUUUGGUGGAGGAAGGGGAGGAGGCCGGAGUACGGGGUUGUUGA